UCAGUCUCGGUUAAAUAAAAAUACAUAGAGGGUAUUAAAAUGGUGGUUGGAAUAAAAGUGAACCGUGCUAAUGAUAACAUUGUUGAAAGUCAAAAUAACAAUAUUACACCAAAAUGUGUCGAUAAACUGUACUCGUACGAGGAAGCAAUCACACUAGCUGGUCACGGGGCCUACAGCCGGCGGCUGCUGCUGCUGCUGAGCCUGGCGCUGCUGGCCAUGGGGCUGGACAUGUUCGGCUUCUCCGUGGCCGUCGCCGGCUGCGGCUGCGAGCUGCAGCUCACGCACCGGCAGAGAGGCAUCCUCAACUCCAUGCCUUUUGCUGGUCCGAUCCUGAUGUCGUACGCGUGGGGCUACAUCUCUGACACCAUGGGGCGCCGGCGGAGCCUGCUGGCGGCCAUGUUGGGGGCCUUCUCUUGCUCCGCGCUUAGCGCGCUCGCCCCCAACUGGAUCGUGCUUGGAGUCAUGAAGCUCAUCGGCACUAGUUUUGUAAGCUGUGCGCAGUCGUCCACAUACGCGUUGCUGGGAGAGUCGUGCAGCGAGCGAGUCCGCGGCUCCUAUAUGCUGCUGAUGACCAGCGUACUGCACACCACGCCAUUCUUCUACUUCUUGCUCGGCUACUUCGUCCUAGGCCUGGAGUCCUCGUACGACCUCGGGUUCAUCCAGUUCACUCCGUGGAGACUGUACUCACUGCUGUUGUCCCUCGCACCGCUACUCGGCUUCUUCUCCAUGCUGCUAUUGGUUGAGAGCCCCAAGUUCCUAGCCAAUCAGGGCCGAGAGGCUGAAGCUCUGAGGUGCUUGGAGAAAAUUUGGACCAUUAAUGGUGGUGAACCGAACAUGUACCCCGUGAAAAGUCUUAUUCUAGAAGAAAACACAAUGAAUAAGAGUGUUUCUCUGGCUGAAUCUCUGCGGGACCAGACCGUCCCUCUAUUCAAGCCGCCGUACCUGAAACAUACUCUAAUACUUUAUUACAUAGUAGCUGUCGUUUAUGGCUCGAGCAACAGUCUUAUCACAUGGUUGCCAUACAUCUCAAACGCUUACUUUGGACCUAAAAGAACUUCAAUGACGAGUGUCGGUGGACUCUGCGAUGUGCUGAGUGCAGGAAAUGUGGACAACAGUUACAGCAGAAAUAUUACUGAUUUUUUUGAGCCACAAUGCAGCAGUAAGCUUGAAACUAAUACGCUAUUCGCUGGAGCAGCUCUGGGCUUGUUAUUCUCGACCAUCAACUAUGGAGUUUCAUUCGCAUCAUCCAGGAAGAAGUUGAUCACAAUUGUGACCUUCUUGCUGGCUACAUGUGGUAGCGUCGGCGUGAUGUUAUCGACUCAAGCGCUGCUGGUGGUGCCAUUCUACGUGAUGGCUGCGUUAGCUUGUCUGGGGAACGGCCUAGUUUCAUCCUACUACGUUUUGUUGUUUCCGACUUCUUAUCGCGGCAUGGCGGCGUGCCUGGGCGUGGUGGCGGCGCGGCUGAGCGCGCUGGCGGGGGUCAACCUGCUGGCGGCCGGGAUGCACUCCACCUGCCACCUCACCUUCGCCGCCCUGGGGCUCUUCAUCUUCUGUGAGUGA